AUGGAGAACGGAGCUACAGAAGUUAAUAGUCUCACAGAACAAAUUUCUAACUUAGAAACUCAAGAACCAAAACAUAAUGCUUUACAAGAAUCAUCUCAUGACGUAGUUGUUACCAGAGUUGAUGAUGAUCCUAUACUUUCUGUAACAACUUUUGAAGAUUUAAAAUUGAAUGAAAAUCUUUUGAAGGGUAUCUACGAAAUGGGUUUCACGAAACCAUCGAAAAUCCAAGCGAAAGCUUUACCGUUGCUUAUUAAAACUCCCCCACAAAACAUGAUCGGGCAAUCUCAGUCCGGUACGGGUAAAACAGCGGCAUUCGUAUUAACCAUGUUGAGUCGAAUAGAUUUCGAUUUGAAAUCAUUACAGGCGCUCUGUUUAGCACCAUCAAGAGAGUUGGCUCGUCAAAUCAUGGUGGAAGUUCUUAAAAUGGCAAAAUAUACACCAGUAAUGACUGCAGAGGCAAUUAGAGAAUCCAAUGUCAAAAGUUAUACAACUGGUAAAAGUAGAAAUGAAGAAUUUGCUGAAGCUCAAUUGAUUGUUGGUACUCCUGGUACCGUCUACGAUUUGUUCAGGAGGCGUAUUAUCAAUAAGAAUACCAUAAAAAUCUUUGUGUUGGAUGAAGCUGAUAAUAUGCUGGAUCAACAGAGUUUAGGAGAUCAAAGUAUCAAAAUAAAAAAUAUGAUGCCCAAGGACUGUCAAAUUGUCCUCUUCUCGGCAACUUAUUCACGAGAGGUUCGAUCUUUUGCCGAAAGAUUUGCACCGAAUGCAAAUCAAUUUAGUCUAAAGGUUGAAGAACUGUCCGUGAAAACCAUUUCUCAAUUUUACAUGGAUUGCAAAAACGAGCAGCACAAAUUUCAGGUUUUGGAUGAUCUGUACACUUUACUUACAAUCGGUCAAAGUAUUAUUUUCGUGCAGAAACGUGAUACCGCGGACAUUAUUGCCAGACGCAUGACUGAGAAUGGCCAUAAAGUCAUUAACCUUCAUGGAGGUCUUUCAGCAAACGAACGUGAUCAUGUGAUGGAUGGUUUCCGCAGGGGGGACGCCAAAGUAUUGAUUACCACUAAUGUGUUGUCGCGUGGUAUUGAUGUCUUACAGGUCAACCUAGUGAUUAAUUAUGAUUUACCAACGGAUGCUACUGGCAAACCCGAUUUCGAAACUUAUCUUCAUCGUAUUGGACGUACCGGAAGAUUUGGUCGUACUGGAGUGUCCAUUAACUUUGUUCAUGAUGCAAACAGUUGGGAAGUUGUAAAAUCAAUUGAACAACAUUUCCAGAGAGAAAUCAUCAAAAGAUCAUUAAGAACUACAGUCACAAAUAAUUUUUAUCCUACGACUUCACAGAAUCAAGAACAUUCACAACAUCGCGUUUCACCAAAUCCACCAAUAGGUCCAAAAGAUGAACAUCCAUUUACAACGAGUCCGACAAGAGAGAAACCUCACACGGAAGGUCAUACGGUUAACAAAGCAAAGGAGGCACCCUUGAGUGAUAAUUUACAAAAGGAUUUAUCUCAAAGUGUAGUGGGGAAAUUUAAAGAUACCUUUAACCAAUUUGUGUCACCCGGUGCUGCGGACGUACAAUCCGAAAAUGCCGCUAAAGGAUUACGAGAACAUAAUCAAUCGAGUAAUGAAACUAAAGAAACGAUCGGUAGUGUAAAAGAAACAGUUGAUAACUUGCAAGAAAAAGCAAAAGAAAGUUAUGAAACUGCCAAGGAAACCGCGAAGAGAGCUUUUGAUUCCGUUAAAAAUGACACCAAGCAAGUCCUACAAUCAACCAAAGAUAUGUUACAAAAUACGACUAAAGAUUAUCAAGAAAAAGGACGAGAGACAUGGCAGAGUGCUAAAGAGAAGGGUGAAGGGUUAAAAGAGUCAGGAAUCGCAGUCGCUCAAGAAAAAAUGAAGAGUUUUCAAGAGAAAGGACAGGAUAUAAAAGAAAAAAGUCAAGAAACCAUGAAAAGUGCUCGAGAGGAAGGACAGGAUAUAAAAGAAAAAAGUCAAGAAACCAUGAAAAGUGCUCGAGAGAAAGGACAGGAUAUAAAAGAAAAUAGUCAAGAAACCUUGAAAAGUGCUCAAGAGAAAGGAAAAGGGUUGAAAGGGUCAAGUCAAGAGUUAUUAAAUUCGUUAAAAGGAAAAGGUCAAGAUGUAUUAAAGAAAACUCAAGAAACUGGACAGGGAACCGUGAAAAAUCUACAAGAUCAAGCCAAGUCUGGAGUUAAUAAAUUGAACGUGAACAUGGGUGAUACCAAUGAAAAUAUUAGUCAAGGAUCCGAAAAACGAGAAGCAAAAGAAGAUUUAGCGAACGUUAAACCAUUAGAUAGACAUCCUAGUGGACCUGUAAAAGAAGUUAAAGAACUUGCACAAGAUAUUAAAAAAGGUAUUGAAUAA